AUGUCCUCCAGAGCAAAACCUCUCCCCGCAAAGGGGUGGGGCUGUUGCCUCUCUGCUCUGCAAAUGCUGCCUCGGGGCGUCUUCUGGGAUCCAGUGAGUCUGGAUGCCGCAUGCGGCCCAAUCGCCUUCUCAAUCCGGCCCACGGACGGUCCAGGAAUUGGCGUGUUUUUACAUGAGUAGAAUGUGUCCUUUUAUUUAAAAUGCAUCUCUGGGUUGUUUGUGGGGCAUAGGAAUUCGUUCAUCCCCCCCCCCCAAAAAAAUAUAGUCCGGCCCACCACAUGGUGUGAGGGAUGGUGGACCGGCCCCCGGCUGAAAAAGGUUGCUGACCCCUGGUCUACGGUAUAUCUAACAAUCCAGGAUAGCAGCAGGACACCGUGCUGCAAUAAGGGAAUUACCAGCAAAAUUACCAGCUUGGAAUAAGGGAGUUUCCCACAAAAAAGGGAGGGUUGACAGCUAUGCCUAGGGCUUGCCAAUCAGAAUGUUGGUGGUUCGAAUCCCUGUGACAGGGUGAGCUCCUGUUGCACAGUUCCUGCUCCUGCCCACCUAGAAGUUUGAAAGCACGUCAAAGUGCAAGUAGAUAAAUAGGUACCGCUCUGGCGGGAAAGUAAACGGCAUUUCCGUGCGCUGCUCUGGUUCACCAGAAGCGGCUUAGUCAUGCUGGCCAGUAAAGCGAGAUGAGCCGGGGACAGGUCCUCCAGAGCAAAAGCUCCCCCCCCCAAAAAAAACCCUUCCUGCAAGGGGAGGGGGUGGCUGUUGCCUCUCCGCUCUGCAAAUGCUGCCUCGGGGCGCCUUCUGGGAUCCAGUGAGUCUCUUUUCUCUUCCCCCUUUGGGUGCAUUGGGGAGAAGCGACUGAGGUCUCCUGCCCCUUUGGAUUCGUUUAGGUCCCCGCAAAAAAGGCAUAUCGACGCAUCUGCAAUGCACGAGGCUCCUCCUGGGCUCCUGAAUGAAAAGAAUGUGAAUUUGAUGUGCUCCGCCUUGCAAGGGUUAAAAGGAACUGAAAUGGAUUCCUAGAGAGGACAGGAAAUAAGGGGGGGGACUAGGUUCUCCGGAGUAAAUCCCCUCCCACCUCCCCCAUUUCCUCUCUUACAGGAGGGAGGUUUUCGUCUCCUCUGCAGAAUCUGGAUUUGCUGGCACCUCUCAUUAGGACGGGCAGAACUUGGCAAAAGACCUAGGGACUCCUUCCGAUUUCUGGGAGGUGUGCUGAGAACAGAGAUGGAUGCGCAAGACUCAUCUGGCCCUGAAGCAGGAAUAGGCCUUGCAAUCCAACAUGGGAGCAGUGGGGGGUUCUGGGAAAACUCUGAUUGGAAGAUCCCAGGUGAGGAGGACACCCUUUGCUCAGAUGUGCAGAGCCAGCAGUUCAGGCAUUUCUGCUACCAGGAGGCCAAAGCACCCCGAGAGGUUUGCAGCCAACUCUACCACCUUUGCCGUCAGUGGCUGAAGCCAGAAAGGCACACAAAAUCUCAGAUGCUGGACCUGGUGAUUUUGGAGCAGUUCCUGGCUGUCCUUCCUCCAGAGAUGGAGAGCUGGGUGAGGGAAUGUGGAGCGGAGACCAGUUCCCAGGCAGUGGCCCUGGCUGAAGGAUUCCUCCUGAGUCAGGCAGAGGAGAGAAAGCAGGCAGAGCAGCAGGGGAAGGAUCUGUUAGCAGAAAUGGGUCCGGAUUCCUCUGAGAUAGAAAAGACUCUGUUUGACUCCAGAGAGAGGCCUCUGGGAGACCGAACGAUGCCAGCAAGACCUGUUUGCCCAUCUUUUCUUGGUGGCGGAGGGGAAGCUGCCCCUUUGAAACCAGAGCAGGGUCCAAUAUGCUUUGAAGAUGUAGCUGUCCAUUUCACAGAUGAGGAGUUCGUGUUGCUGGAUCCUGACCAGAGAGCUCUCCAUAAGGAAGUCAUGGAGGAGAAUUGUGAGAUCUUGGACUCUCUCGUUGCAGGUGAUGAUGAAUUGGAGAUGAAUAUUGAGGGAGACCACGACAAAAGCCAAACAGUGGAGAAGUCGUAUCCAUAUUCAGAGUGCGGAGAGAGCUUCAGUCAGAGUUCCCACUCCACUUUAAAUCAAAGAAAUCCCCUUGAGAAGAAACCCUAUCGGUGCUUGGAAUGUGGAAAGAGCUUCAUUCAAAGAUGCCUUCUCAGUGUCCAUCAUAGAAUUCAUACAGGGGAGAAGCCAUAUCAGUGCUCAGAAUGUGGGAAAAGAUUCACUCAGAGCGCCCAUCUCACAACCCAUCACAAAAUUCAUACAGGGGAGAAACCGUAUCAAUGCUUCGAAUGUGGAAAGCGAUUCAUUGACAGGCGCCAGCUCACUGUCCAUCACAGAAUUCAUACAGGGGAGAAACCCUAUCAGUGCUUGGAAUGUGGAAAGCGAUUCAUUGAAAGACGCCAGCUCACUGUCCAUUACAGAAUUCAUACAGGGGAGAAACCCUAUCAGUGCUUGGAAUGUGGAAAGAAAUUCAGUCAGAAAGCUAAUCUCACGACCCAUCAAAGAAUUCAUACAGGGGAGAAACGUUAUCAGUGCUUGGUAUGUGGAAAGAGCUUAAUUGACAGACGCCAGCUCACUUUCCAUCACAGAAUUCAUACAGGGGAGAAACCCUAUCAGUGCGUAGAAUGUGGAAAGAGCUUCAUUGACAGACGCCAGCUCACUGACCAUCAGAGAAUUCAUUCGGGGGAGAGGCCAUAUCAAUGCUCAGAAUGUGGAAAGACAUUCACCCGGCGCACCCAUCUCACAACCCAUCACAGAAUUCAUACAGGGAGAAACCCUAACAGUGCUUGGAAUGUGGAAAGAAAUUCACCCGGCGCACCUAUCUCACAACCCAUCACAGAAUUCAUACAGGGGAGAAACCCUAUCAGUGCUUGGAAUGUGGAAAGAGCUUCAUUGACAGACGCCAGCUCACUUUCCAUCGCAGAAUUCAUACAGGGGAGAAACUCUAACAGUGCUUGGAAUGUGGAAAUAAAUUCACCCGGUGCACCCAUCUCACAACCCAUCACAGAAUUCAUACAGGGGAGAAACCCUAUCAGUGCUUGGAAUGUGGAAAGAAAUUCACCCGGUGCACCCAUCUCACAACCCAUCACAGAAUUCAUACAGGGAGAAACCCUAAGAGUGCUUGGAAUGUGGAAAGAGAUUGAUUCAGAAGGUCAAACACACGAUCCAUCAAAGAAUUCACAGUGGGGGGAAACGAUUUCAGUGCCAAGAAGGUAGAGUGAGCUUCAGCCACAAGGCCCAUCUUGCUUCCCAUCAAAUAACUCACAUUGGAGGCAAACUAUAAUAUUUUAGGAGGCUUUAGAUAAUAUGAGGGUGAAGUUUGCAACCGGGUUCUUUGCCACAUCUGGUGCCCCAUAGUAAUUCCUACUACGUACCCAGAACUGUGACUUGCAAGUUCUUGGCCAAGGUGUUUAAUACCUUCUUCACAGUGACCUUUCUCUUGGCAGAUCAAGAUGAGCAGAUGACAACAAAAGUUGCAAGGUUUUUAGCUGGGGCAAUUAGAAUAAGAUCAACCAUUUGACUAUAUACUCAAAACCCUUAGAAGUAUUUUAUAUAACUAACUUUUUUUUUUAUUCUUUGUACUGUAUAUCGUAUUGUUGUUUUAUUACUAUGGUCAGUGACUGACGAAAAUUAAGGUUUAUUCAUUCAUUCAAUAGCUUCUUCACGUCAUGCCUGGGGAGAGGAAGAAGAGUGAUUUGGCGACACUGAUGAGGUUGCUGUCCAUGCUGAGCUUUCCUAGGAAGGACUUGGUGUAAAAAAUUGUGAUAGUUGAUUUAACAUUAGCUAUUCUAGAUAUUGAUUCUGUUUGAAGUGUCCUAGUAUUAAUUGCAUCCAGCCUUUUAGAUAGAAUGCAUUAGGCUUGAUUUUUGUAUGCCUGCAUUUUGUUACCCUUAUGCCACCCUCCUGCACUGUCUAAAGCUGUGGUGUGUAUGUUGCCUACCACUUCCAGCCUUAUCCGACCCUAGAAGGGCAGAUGAUGUUUUGGAAAAGAGGGAGGAGCUGAACUAGCAUCUGUGUGAGAACCUCAAAGGUCUUUGACAUCUUUUGGUACCAGGGAAGUAAGAUAGAGGAUAGAAAUGUCAACAGUCCCAUGGAAGUCCUGGUUGCCAUGGGCAUGGUGUCAAAGUGAGACAUCUGAGACCCAAAUGACCUGGUCAUUCUGGGACACCCCAGCGUAAUUUCAGAGGAGUCAAUAUCCGCAUAGAGCCACGUGUCUCAUGACCUGUGACCUUUCUUGAUGCAAAUGGAAGAGUAUUGUGGCAUUUCAUGAGUCUUUGUGUGCUGUGUAAUAUAAGCCUUCUAAUGUGCCUCCUGGCAGCCUUUUCGAACUAUCCAUUCUGCUGAACAACUGGUUAGCAAGGCUGUUCUAUUUGAAUAAACCGGGUCCCUGCAGGACGUUGAGAUUGCUCUCAUUCUCUUGGUUCUGAGCUUUUGUUUCAGGUGUUCCCUCGCCUGAACAGGUGAUGUAGAAACAAAUUCUGAUCGCACGAGCAAUUCACAUACUUUAUAUUUUCCCUUCCUCUGUGAGAAGCCUAAGUCAAGGAUUCCCUUUCUGCUGUCCUCCUUUGAUCAUUCACAAUGGGCGUAUGCCAAGAGGAAAGAAUUGUCACCAUGAGGAAACAGAGUUCCUGAUUCAUCGUGCAUAAAGGGAGUUGGGAGGAAGAGUAGGACAAGUUUCUUUGCUUCAGGGUACUCCUCUUCUUCGUUUACAAAGUGGAGCAGUUAGGCAAACACUCUACUCCUUGCACAAGUGUAUACAGAGAGAGAGAGAGAGAGAGAGAGAGAGAGAGAAGCAUAUUCAAAGCAACAAUUGAUGUGAAGGGUUGAAAUUGUUGGAAUGUGUUGGUUCGGGAGAUCCUAUGAGGCUCCUCAAUGGUCGAAAGCGAAGCAAUGGCACUUACACAAUGGUAUUUUUAUUCUGUUGCAACCGGCUUCCCUAUACAAGCUGCAACAGGAGCAGGAAGAGGAAGUCUGGAUUUCUUACACCCCUAGGAUUGUGUGUGUGUGGGGGGGUCCUAAACGCCAUGGGAUCCCUCAUUUUGCAAGGUGAGGGGAGUUGCAUUGGUGUGGGGUGCAAGAAGGUGGAAGGGUUGCAAGCGAAUUCAUUUCCCCAACCCACGGAGAUCCCGUGGAAGAUUAUCUUUAGUGACAUGACCAUCAAUUUCUUAGGAUAACAAUGGGGCUGGCGAUUAGCUUCCCUAAUCAGAGUUCUUUCUUCGGGGAGGAAGCGGAUCUGUCCAGUCUAGCGCCUUCAAAGACGGAAGAAACGAGACGAAGGGAAGAGCUAAGGGCAGGAAGGGGUUUAAAGAGGGAAUAGCAUCUCAUUUCAUUGCUUCAAUAAAAUGUUGCAUCCCAGGUACAAAGUUCCCAUCCUCAUUUUAUUCGCUGAUUGUAAGUUGGGAGAAGCAGGGUUACAUAGUAGCAUCUAAAGCAGCCACGUCCAACAGGUAGAUCGUGGUCUACUGGUAGAUCACUGGACGUCUGCGGUAGAUCACUGGUAGAUCAUUGGCUCCCCCCAAAGAAGCCGAACAACUGUGGCUCCCCUAAAAAAGCUCAAAACCUUACCUCCUCCCUGAAAAAAACUCAACAACUUUGACCUGAACCCCCAAAAAGGGGGUAGAUCACUGCCAGUUUUUAACUGUGAGUAGAUCGUCGCAGCCUCUUGGGAGUUGGCCACCCCUGAUCUAAAUAAAGGUAGUUUCUACAUAGGGAUACAAAGGGUUAUACAGUACACAAAUUUAUCAGGUUCUACGCGUCACAAGAAGAGUUACUUCAUUUUGGAAAGUAUCUCUGCGUGUGCUCAGAGGCGCGCGUGU